AUGGCGGGCUUGAGAGCCACGGAGAAUCAUCAAUGCAUCAUCUGCUGGGAAUCAGUGGGUGACCUGCCAGCCGACAACUACGUUCAGCUCCAAUGCGGAUGCAUCUAUUGCCGCGAUUGCAUCAACGCAGCGCUCGAGCUUUCAAUCCGGUGUGAGGCAAACUUCCCUCUUCAUUGUGCCUGUAAGCACCCGUUACCCAUCGAAGAAAUAUACCACCUGUUGGCGGAUAAGUUAUUGGACAGAUACUUUGCUGUUCUUCCGGAGUGGACCUCCGUGCAUUGCACAUAUUGCGCCAAGUGUCUGCAAUAUAUUGACUCUAAGGAGUUCCGAGAAGAUGCAAGGUACAGCACGUGUACCAGCUGUAUAGAAGAGACCUGUCGAGAGUGUAAAGCUAGCAAAAGCGAUCACGAAACUGGGUGCCCGCCCGAUACUGAUCGCCAGAAGCUAUUACAGCUGAGCACCUCUGAAAGCUGGAAGCAGUGUAGUAGCUGUGGUAAUCUCAUCGAGAAGGAUUUCGGUUGCAAUCACAUGACCUGCCUCUGUGAACAUGACUUUUGCUACGUCUGUGGAUAUAGUCCUUACGAUAGCCACGACUGCGGAGUCGGCAACGGCAAUCUCGACAGGGAUGAGGAUGACUGGCAUGAUGAUCGUCCGGACUGGCAGGAGUAUAUAUUCGAUGAAGAGGGUAAUCCAAUCUGCGAGCACACAGUAUUCGAGAACUCGCCAUAUGGGGGGCGCUGUCAAGGCGCUUGUGGCCACGUCUUGCCAUUCUACCUGAAUGAGUGCUCGAACUGUGAGCUCAGAGUCUGCAAUUAUUGUGUUGCAGCACGCAAUUUUGUCCCUCGUGAACAGAAUGACGAUACUGCCGACAGAGAUGUAUCCUCAGGUACGGCUCUUGAUCCGGAACAAGGACAAACUCAAGUUCAUGACGAAGGACCUCAGCAGUCUGAGUCUGCAACUCAAGAUGAUGCCUAUACAGCUGAGUCCACUGACAUUGUGUCUGGUGUGGCCUCAGAUCAGCACUCUCGACGAAAGCCCUAA